AUGGAGCCCCCUAACAAGCGCCCCCGCCUCCUUCAGUACCUCGGCCGCGAUGGCGACGACGAGCUGGUCGCCUUCGAGCAGGAGGACCUCGCCCCCGAGCGCCAGCUCGAGAUCUCCCGCGACCGCGCCGCCAUGUCGCUCAAGUCCAGGAUGGAGCUCAUCUUCGAGAAGUACGGGCGGGACUUGAGCGAAACCACCGACGAGAUCGACCUAAAGACAGGCGAGGUCAUCGUCAACAACGGCCAUCUCGAGUCCAUCUUUGGCUCAAAGUCCAAGGAUAUAAUGGGAGAUAUCGCCGACGAUGACUCCGACGUCACGGACCUGAACGGGGGCGGCAGUGAUGACGAGUCGGAUGAAGAAGACGAGGAUGAGGAUGAAGACCAAGGAGAAGACGGCAAUGAGAGGGAGGCGGCGCAAAGAGGGGUCCCAGCCGACCCCGUUCCUGUCGACCCCGACAAAGCAACAACCACAUCACCCACCGCACCUAGAACCUCGCUGCCUCAGCAGCCCAUCCUCGGGCUCGCACCCAUCACGGCCUGGGCAGGAGCACCGCAGAGCCUCAUCUCGAAAAUCAACGAGCUGCUGAGCGCAGCAGCAGGUGGUGGGCAGGCUCUGCAGCAAGCAACAGCACCGCUAGACCUCUUGAGCAUGACCAACCACACUGUCGAGUCGGCCUGGAGGGUCCCCGCCUUGCCCAUCGGCCCCGCGGCUCCGGUUCAGCCUACGCCGGGUGGCCGCCUCGGCUCUAUCCGGAAACGGAGCAAGGUGCCCCUGAAAUCCUUAAUGCGCAAGGUCAUGGCCGAAGCCGACUCGGAGGAUGAGAUCCAGGCCCCGGCCAAGGAGGAGGUCCGGGAAAGCGCUACGGUUACUUCCAGACAGGUCUCGCUGCCGGCAUCUGAGCCCAAGGACACCCUACCUGGCGAAAUGCCCAGCUCGACGAGGCCCGAAAUCCAGCCCUCACCCGCACCUCAAUCACAGCCAGCAGGGAGUGCUUCGAGUCCCGCCGAGAAGCAGCAGGUGCCAUCUCCCCCCACUCCACCUGAUACAUCGAGCUCAGACGAUGGCCCAGAAACAAAAUCCUAUCCCGCCCCAAGGGCCACUUCUAGAGCUCGCAGAUCGAGGAAACGUCGUGCGUCUGGUCCGGCUGGCGCUGAAAAUAUCACACCGAUACCCUCCUGUGCUCAGCAGGUGACUCGUGAUCCGCCACAGUCACUCGAUGGAGGCUUACAGAAGCCCUUGUCACCUCCCAACACGGGCGGGGACAUGUCGGCAACUACUGCUGCACCAACUCAGGCUCCCAGAGCGGGUGAAGAUAUUGUCAUCUACAUUGUGGACGAGGGGCUUCGGCAACUCAAGUUGCAGUCGUCCACAGUUAGUGAAGCGGAUAGCCAGCCAGCAGAAGAGAAACAAUCAAAGCCGCUAAGACCCAGACGACGACCAAGGGGACGCGCUGGGAAGACGGCACAGGAUGAUGUGGGUGCGGAACCGCCUCGGGCUGAAGACACAUGCCAGCCAUUGGAGGGUCUGGCGCCAACAGUGAGCACAGAGGCUGGGGGUGACACGCUAUUAGUCGACAUGGCAGCACCAGCAGCCGAGCCAGCCCAGUCCGAAUUGCCCUGCGAGCACACAGCCGCCUCCACAGAGGAACCAGCAGCCGUCGUCGUCCCUCAACUUCCCGGAACGCCCCCAGCUCAUCAUCAGACUGAGAGGGCUAGUGAGGGACAAGGCAAGAGAGUCGGCGAGAUAUCGUUGGCAGAGCCCACUGACCUCUCCCAUGGUUUGUCCGAUGGCGAAAACAAUGGAUGGAUGGCUAGGAAGAGUCAUGCUGGCAGAUCGAGGGACUCGCUCAGUGGCCCUCGGUUACGCACAUCACCGAGGCCCCGGGUCCUUGGGGAGGUCUCUGGGAAUCGGGGCACGGUCAGCCCCAGCAAUCUGCGACUUGAUAUUGCAUCCGCCAUGACAGUCAAACAAGUACCCGCAGGACUGCCAUCGCCCCUAGGAACAUUAGGCGAGCUGCGUUGCUUCGAUGGGGUGCCGGUUAUUAAGCAAAAUUCAUCCCCAGAAGAACCAGAAUCUGCCGAGAAGCUGCCAUUAGAAGAGGACAAGAGCAAUGAGGAAGAAGUUGUGGAUGAAGUCCUCUCUUCCCCCGCCCACAGCGAGUAUGAAAAACCACAAAGCCAAUCCAGCCCAGUCGGCACUGAGGACACAGCCAAGCGCCACGGCAGCCUCGGGUUAGAGCAUCAUUCCGGGGCUGCCCCGACAGCGGCAGAGAGCCCGGGCAGUGCUGUAGCGCCUGUUGGCUCAUCAGAAUCUCCACUCGUUCUGCUAGAUUCUGAGAAUGACGGAGCCGAAGUGGAGGAAGAAGACUCAGUCGAGAUACGUGCCGCUGCAGGCCCGAGAAGGGAACGUGCGCGACGUGCAAGGCCUCAGGUUCGGGAUGAGAGCAGCCCGGAAACGUCGCCCAACCGCCGCGGCCGGGACGAAAGCCCAGGUCGAGACUACCAUCGAUCAUCCCCACCCCCAAGAGCAGCAUACAUGCUAGAGAUGGACGCAGAAGCAGAAGCGGCCGCAAUCGCAGCGUCGUCGCCCCUGACACUACCGGCGGUGCGGGGAGGGCGGCGCCGCCAAGGAAGCCACGCCUCCGACGUAAAUGUGGUGGAGGCCGCUGGCGCUGACACGCCCUCUAGGAGACCGCGGUCGCGCCGCCGGCAGCCCUGGCCGCAGCAGCAGCAGAACCGGAACCAGCACCGCUCGACGUCCCCGCUCAUCUCGCUCAUCUACGACUCGGACGAGGACGAGCUCUCGUCGACCUACUUUUCGUCGCCGGGUGGUAGCGUGCGCGGCGUCGUCAGCAACAACGGCGACGGCAACGGUGACGCCACCGCCGUCCGCAGCACCGCCUCGCUCUUCAACGUCAGCGCCACCACCACCAGCAAGUUCCCCUGGUCGUCAUCCUCCUCGUCGGCGGCCGUCACCCCGUCCUCGUCCUUCCUCAGGAACCACCGCCGCGCCUCGUUCGCGGCCGUCUCCAGGAGCGGCAACCGAGGUGGCGCAGGAGGAGGCGGAACGGCGGCAGGCGGCGGCAACACGUCCCCGACAAACAAGAACCUGCGUCGCCGCCUCUUCAUGACCAAGGCCUCGUCGUCGUCGUCGGCCGAGCCCCAUGCCAGGGCUGUCGCCAGCCUGCACCUUCCCGCCACGCCGCGUCCCGGUGGUGACGGGCACGACGGCAGCGGCAGCAGCCGCUGCUCCUCGGUGCGGUCCAGGAGCUCGGCCGGCUCCGUCAUCCUCACCCCCGGCGGCUCGAGGCGGCGGUGCGGCCAGGACGGGUUCCGGUGCGACAGGGAUUUUUGCUUCUAUUGCCUGGCCGGCAGCUGCCUUGAGGACAGGCGGAUACAGAACCAGGUCAGGCUCCAAAGGCGAGGGCGUGUAUUUGGGUGUGGUGGCUGUGACGAUCUGCAGCCUGCAGAGAAACGUGACUUCAAUAUCAGAUGUGCUGCUUGUGCCACCUACCUGGCCUGGAAUAACUACUUGGGGGCCCUCGUCCGUGCUGAUGGAGGGACGAGGGCCCCCAAGUAACGUUUUUCGACUUACUUUGCCUCUUGCCAGCAUGGAUGGGAGAAUGCGUGUUACGAAACACCAACCAAUCGCCAUGAUCAGCUGUGCCCUGCCACGGGCUGCCUCAAAGUGGAAUACAAUAUAUCCUUCU